AUGACUGCCACUCUUCAUGAGCUACAACCGGCACCGGAGCCCAAACUCCCAAAUGGCAAGACUGGCAAAACGGGCCAUUCAUACACCACUACAACAUCUGAUCUACCGUCAUAUGCCUAUUGCUAUGGCUCGGAAAGACCUUUCCACGAGCGCAAACGCAGUCCUCAAUCAAAGUCAACACUAUACAUGUUUUAA